AAACGCCUCGACUCGCCCAGCGCCUAACACAACGUAGCCUCCAAUUUCAUGCCUUCUGGCCGACUCAGAAUACAAGGCCUUAUUUUGAAACAUAUCCUCCUUGGUCUCCGUGUUUUUAGUGGCCACUCAUUCGACUACCCGUGCACUACUCCAACAGAGGAGCCAUGUCUGCUCCUCUAUCUAUCCUCCAAAACCUUAAACAACCACCAUCUUUAAUCUCUGAAAAGUCCCUCUUGAAAAACACCACCGUCCCCGCCACCAACAACAAAACUAACUCAAUUCACUCGCACCCAUGUCUAGUUGCACUGGAAAAAUGCUCAAGCAUGUCAGAACUCAAACAAAUUCAUGCCCAGAUGAUCAGAACUGGACUCACUUCCCAUGUCUUUUUUACCAGCAAAGUUGUCGCCUUUUGUGCUCUUGAAGACUCUGGUAGUCUUCAUUAUGCCCAUCUCGUCUUUACCCAAAUCCCGAAUCCUACUCCUUACAUCUGCAACUCUAUAAUUCGAGGUUACACUAACAAAAACUUGCACCAAAAUGCGAUCUUUUUCUAUCAAGAAAUGAUUGAAAAUGGUUUGUUUCCAGAUAAUUAUACAUUUCCCUCUUUGUUUAAAUCUUGUGGGAAUCUGAAUGAGGGUAAACAAUUACAUUGUCAUUCAAUUAAACUUGGGUUCUCAUCAGACUCUUACAUUCAGAAUACAUUGAUGAAUAUGUACUCAAAGUGUGGGAGUUUAGUUUGUGCUCAAAGAGUAUUUGAUAAAAUGUCAGAGAAGAGUGUGGUUUCAUGGGCGACAAUGGUUGAUGCUUAUACGCAAUCGGAUCAACCCGUAAAAGCCCUUGAGCUUUUCCAGAGAAUGGAAGUGGAACAGGUUAAUCCCAACGAGGUUACGUUGCUGAAUGUUUUAACAGCUUGCGCCAGGGCGAGAAAUUUGGAAAUGGGGAAGUGGGUUCACAAGUAUAUAGAUGACAAUGGAAUUGGGUUCAGUUUGGUUCUUACAACAGCUCUUAUGGAUGUUUAUUGCAAAUGUGGUUGUUUCUCUCUAGCUCGGGAAUUGUUCGACCAGAUACCUGAAAAGAAUUUGUUUCACUGGAAUAUAAUGAUCAAUGGACAUGUUGAAGACAGUGACUAUGAGGAAGCCUUAUCACUCUUUCACGAAAUGCAAAUCAAGGGAAUUAAAGCGGAUAAGGUGACUAUGGUAAGCUUACUACUUGCUUGUACUCAUAUAGGUGCCCUUGAACUUGGUAUAUGGUUACAUGCUUACAUCAAGAAGCAAAACAUUGAAGUUGAUGUAGUCCUUGAGACAGCACUUGUCGAUAUGUAUACAAAAUGUGGAAGCAUCGACGGGGCGUUGGAAGUUUUUCAUGGGAUUCCUGUAAAAGAUGUUAUGACAUGGACAUCUAUGAUUGUUGGUCUCGCAAUGAGUGGACAAGGAGAGAAGGCUUUAGAGUUCUUCCAUGAAAUGCAAGAAAGUGGCGUAAAACCAGAUGCUAUUACCUUUGUAGGUGUCUUGGCUGCUUGUAGUCACGCAGGUCUUGUUGAUGAAGGAUACUCGCAUUUUGAUUCUAUGCUAAAGGUCUACGGAAUUCAGCCUAGUAUAGAACAUUAUGGUUGUAUGGUAGAUAUGUUAGGCCGGGCAGGUAAAAUUGCUGAGGCUGAGAAGUUAAUAGAAGAAAUGCCCAUGAAACCAGAUGAAUUUGUGCUGAGAGGUCUUCUUGGUGCUUGCAGGAUUCAUGGUAACCUCAGUGUUGCAGAGAGAGCGGCUCAGAAACUCUUAGAACUUGAUCCAGACGAUGCAGGAACCUAUGUUCUGUUGGCUAAUAUAUAUAGCUCACUAGGAAAGUGGGGGAAAGCUAAACAAACAAGGAAGCUCAUGGCCGAGAGGAAAAUUAAGAAACCUCCAGGUUGCAGUUUGAUUGAAGUAGAUGGAGUUGUUCAUGAAUUCUUCAAAGGUGACAGGUCGCAUCCCAGAUCAUCAGAGAUCUAUAAGAUGUUGGAGGAUAUGAUAUCUAAGUUAAAGAUAGCAGGUUAUGUACCUGACAAUUCUGAAGUGCUGUUUGAAAUGGACGAAGAGGAAAAGGAGAAUGCCCUUAGUAUGCACAGUGAGAAGUUAGCAAUCUCUUUUGGACUCAUAAGUACUAGCCCUGGUACUCGCAUUCGAGUAGUGAAGAAUCUUCGUGUUUGCAAUGACUGUCACUCUGCUGCAAAGCUGGUAUCCAAAGUGUACAAUAGGGAGAUAGUCUUGCGGGAUAGAAACCGGUUUCAUCAUUUCAAGGAUGGGUUGUGUUCUUGUAAAGACUUCUGGUAAUGUUGAUGCUGUAUUUACUUUUUUUGCCUUGUGAUUCAUGGUUCUUGAUUUCGGUUGCUUCAUGAAGUUCACCUUAUUCUUUCAGUUUCCUUCUUGUAUCAAACCGAAUCCUUCAUGCAUCAUGAAUGUAAUUUUCUGUAGAGGAAUUAAUUCAUUUAAAAAUUAUAAAUAAAAGAGU